AUGUCACAGCGCUCGAACAUUGUGCAACCCCUAAGAAGCCAACAACUUGGUCGUCAUCUAACUACUUCCGAUGCGGAAAUCAACACACACUUGCACCCGCUCAUCGGGCUGCAAUUGUCCUGUAGCAGUCCGACAAACAAUGACUCAGGCUUCGACGAGGACCUCACACAGACUGGAAACUUCCCUCUCCAACAAAAACACCUGGCAGAUUUGUGUCUCCACUCUAUCGACCCCAACUCUGAAAACCGACAGCCAUUCCCCAGACAUCGCCAGAAGGAACAGAGACGUCCAGGGCCGUUGUCUUUCGAGGCCCCCUCCGCACCCUACGGUCCCUUUAGUUUCGACCUCUCCACUCCCUUUGUCGUCCCGCCGCCGGCACUUCUCCUCUCCACACCCGUGUUGCAGUCUAUUCCAGUUCUCAGUCCUACUGGACUCUUCUGGCCGCCCCUGACACCACAGACGACCGUCAGCAGAUGGUCAUCCCUGGAAUCCCCGGGGCAGCCGUCGGUCACGCCAAACGCCUAUGAGGUAACUAGUGAAGUAACCAAAACCCCACUCACGAAGGCCUCGGUGUCGUCACAGCCGCCAAGUUGUCAGCGUCAGCGGGAGGAUGACAGAGGCCUCUCCGCGGAACUGCUACUCAGCGUGAUGGCCAGACUUCAACAAAACGUACGGGAAAUGGUGCGACUGAGUUUGCAGAGAGCGGAAGCGAAUCCAUCGUCAACAAUGGCAACCACAUCGGGCCAUCAUCAUCAUCAGCAGCAGCAGAUGUCGAAGGAGGGCGAGGAAUUUGGCCCGAAGAGCAUGAAAAGACGCAGCUCUACUAAAGGUGAAUCUUCAUCCUCGAAGUGGCUUAAGUAUGAUGGACGAGACGAUGCCUGCUUCCCACUGAGUCCUUUGGGCAGGACAGAAACAGAGGAAGACGAGAAGGUAACAAGGAUAGCAAGUAGGCGUUGCGACUUGCUUCCGGUGAGUGAACGAGGAAACGUAUCCACUGAUGGAAACGGAACAGUGACAGUUCACACCAAGACCAAAUCGACUACCGUUACUCCAGCAGACGAGGUCUGUCUCAACAAGGUAGGCAGAUUUUACAGGGAUUGUGAACCUAAAUAAUUCAGUGAAGUCCUUCUGUUUCCUAUUAUGCCCCACCACCUGUCAUAUAUGUUGUUGGUUACAGACAAUGAGGGGAUUUUAUUUCUACUAAACGUGAGUCAAUACGCCUCUUCGGAAGUUGACGGAUAAUAAAAAUAAGAUAAUUCGCUGCGAGUCCCGAAGCAGCCUCCUUUAGUUAGAUCAUGCAUACUCUACAGAAGGUCGCUUAAUAUUUGCUCAUCGAAUAAGCACCUUACCUCAUCGUACCUGCUGGGGGUUGAGCACACUAAGCAGUUUCUAGAGAGCGUCGUCUCAAAAGACUGGAGGUUUUCUCCAAAUUACAACUGAAAUACAAACUCCCUUAGCUUGUGUCCUUCAGAUCUUCUGAUAUACACCAUAAUUGUUUUACCAUUCAGGGUGGACUACUCAAUGGGAUUCACCUUCGAAAAGCCAAACUGAUGUUUCUUUACGCACGCUAUCCCACAUCCUCCUACCUUAAAUCCUUCUUUCCUGAGGUAUCCUUCACUCGAUAUAAUACUGCACAGCUAGUCAAGUGGUUCAGCAACUUCCGGUAAGCCCAAACAAAACAGCUAUUCCUCAUGAUCCUUUUCAUCAUCGUCUGCUCUGCUGUUGUGAAGACGCGGUUGUGAACAGACGACACGUUUGGGAAGAUGACGUGAUGACUCCAACCAGCAAGUCCUUUGCAUGUAGCCUUCUGGUUGUCCAAAAUACAUUUUGCUUGCGUCAUUGUUUAAUUUCCGCUUCAGACUAAUAGACCAGUUAUGUUAUUGGGACUCAUGAGGCUGAAGGCGGUGAUUUUCCAUGUUUUUCAGGGAGUUCUUCUACAUCCACAUCGAACGGUACGUUCGGGGACUUAUAGCUUCAGGGCUUAAGUCUGUGGACAGUGUUCAUAUCACCCCAAGCCAUGAACUAUGUCGGACUAUGAUUCUCCACUAUAAUCGUGGGCUUGAAACGAAGGUGAGUAACAUAGCUAUAGCCCAAUAAAAGCAACCCAAGUCGCACAGAACCUACAUUUUUAUCAAUGAGAUUUUCAACAACUUUCUCAAUCCUAGAUGCCAAUUGAGUUUCCUACAGUGAUAGAACAGGCUGCAAGGCAAUUUUUCGCGGCGAUCAGUAGUGGCGCAGACUCCAAGCCUUCAUGGAAGAAGAAUAUAUAUAAGAACAUCGCUCAGCUUGAUCAGCCCAUACCUGAAUCAUUCCGUUACGAAAGUGGACUGAAGAUGAGGCCCUGA